CGCAAUUGUCCUAGAGUGUAAAUUUCAAAGUGUUUCUAAAGUUUUCUUCAAACUCAGAGUACUUGAAUUUCAAAUUUCUCUCAUUCCACACAACCUUGCGACUUCUUGUUAGUAUUUGUCUAAUGAGCUUCUUGAUUUAAUUUGUAUACAAUUGAUUCAUUUCAUACUUUAAUGAAGCAUUCUAUAUGUCCCUACAAUCUUGUCAUUCUUUUAAGAAGCCAUACUUUUUGCUCUGCAAGCCAAUUGUUCCUUUUCUUCCUAUAAAGGCUCUCCUUGAUUUCCUCCGUAAAAGUAUAUUCAAUCUGGUUGUGUAUAUUUAGCAGUUAUCACAACACUAACAUGGUAGGAGCCUCGCCUUGUGCCUCGUGUAAGUUGUUGAGACGCCGCUGUGCCAAGGACUGCAUCUUUGCUCCUUACUUCCCUCCUCAUGACCCUCAUAAGUUUGCCAUUGUUCACAAAGUCUUUGGUGCUAGCAAUGUCAGCAAGAUGUUGCAGGAGAUUCCAGUUGAACAGAGGGGAGAUGCAGUGAGCAGUUUAGUCUUCGAAGCAAAUGCAAGAUUGCGAGACCCGGUUUACGGAUGCGUGGGGGCAAUAUCCUACUUGCAAACUCAAGUCUCUCAGCUACAAAUGCAGCUUGCAGUCGCCGAAGCAGAGAUAUUAUGUUUACAGAUGCAGCAGCAGCAGCAGCAGCAAAGUCAGCAGCCCAACAUACCAAUUACAGCACAACAGAUGAUGAUGAUCCCUGAUGACAAAUCACUUCAUCUAUCCACAAAUAAUUUCGACUAUAGCCUUCAACAGCAGUACCUUAAUUUCGGUCCUACUAGCAAUAUUGUCAUGCAAGAUCCUCCUAAGAGAGAGUCUCUCUGGACAUAACUAGCUAGCUAGGUCGAAUCAAUCUUACAGAAAUGCUCAACUAUUUCUAUAUAU